GUGGCCAAGCUUAAUUUAUGAAGUUCUAAGCUAUUCGGGGGAUCAAAUUUGAUCUUUUUUCCAUGCUUUUCUGAAGCACUGAUGCUACAAUAUUUCACGUCCCUUUUCAAGAAAUGCUCCACCCUCUCAGACAUCAAGCAGAUCCACGCGCGCGUUGUCCGGACCGGCUCGAUCGAGAACAAGAGCAAGAACCUGUUCGUCAUCGGCAAGAUCAUCAAUUUCUGUGCUGUUUCCGUGCACGGGGACAUGGGUUACGCGGUCAAGAUCUUCGAGAACACGGGAAAGCCUGAUGGGUUCCUCUGGAACACGAUGAUCAGGGGGUUUGGGAACUUGGGUCAGCACGAGAGAGCCUUCGUGUACUACAAGAGAAUGCUGGACGAGGGAGUUGUGGCCGACAAUUUCACGUUCUCUUUCUUGCUCAAGGCCAGUUGGCAUCUGGGUUCUGUCCCUCUGAGCAAGCAGUUGCACUGUAGUACCGUUAAGUGUGGUUGGGACAAGCAUGAUUUUGUGAGGAACAGCCUCGUUCACAUGUAUGGAAUGAUCAUGGACAUGGAGGCUGCAAUGCAACUGUUUGAUGAAAUGCCUGAGCCGAAUUUAGUGGCGUGGAACACCGUGCUCGAUUGCCACGUCUCCUGCGGCCGGUGCAAAGAAGCCCUUGACGUGUUCGCGAAUAUGCUACGAAGUGGCAUAGGACCCGACGAGGCCACUCUUGUUGUGGUGCUCUCAGCUUGUUCCCAAGUGGGUGCCUUGGAUUAUGGGAGGUGGCUUCAUGACCUCAUUGAUCCUACUGGUCUUAGUGAUAUUGUUCCAGUGCGUAAUGCAUGCAUUGAUAUGUAUGCAAAGUGUGGUGCUGUUGGAGAGGCAUAUAUGGUCUUCGCAGAUACGAGCCCAAAAAAUAGAAUAACAUGGAAUACCAUGAUCUUAGGACUGGCGAUGCAUGGCCACUCGAAAGACGCGCUCAAACUCUUCUCGAGGAUGUUAGAGGAUGGAUCGCAAGAGCCGGAUGGUGUUACUUUCUUGGGUGUUCUGUGUGCUUGUAAUCACGGCGGGAUGGUCGACGAGGGAAGAAGGCACUUUGAGUCCAUGAGAAGAGACUACCACAUCGAACCAACUAUAAGGCACUAUGGUUGCAUGGUUGAUAUGUUGGGAAGAGCAGGGUUCUUGGAGGAGGCGUAUCAAUUAAUAAGGAGCAUGCCCAUAAGAUGCAAUGCCAUAGUGUGGAGAUCGCUGUUGGGUGCUUGCCGGAUCCACGGCAAUAUUGAACUUGGGGAGACGGUGAGGAAGAAACUGCUGCAGUUAGAACCGGAUCACAGCAGCGACUAUGUUCAGCUUUCGAGCAUGUACGCGAGUGUUGGUCAGUGGAAUUCAGUAUUGAACGCGAGAAGAUCGAUGAAUGACAGGGGAGCCGAGAAACCUAAGCCAGGUUACAGUUUUGUGGGGGUUGACGAUCUUAGCGAUGGAGUCAUUUGCAGCAUAUAGAAAGGGAAACAUUCAGAUGGCUAUUUAACCUUGCCAACUUCCCUCGUAUUCGACAAGAAGAUUGUUGGGUAAAGCUUAAAGAAGCAAACGCGUAUAGAAAGUAACCAACUUUAGGUUCUUGAGUUCAGAUGGCUUUUGACACUUUCUGAAGCAUUCCCAUUUGAUGUGCUGAUAAAAAAGCGAAAGAGAACUACGAAAAAGUCUUAAACCUAUUGUAAUUAUGUUAAUUCAAUUUUAUA